GCCCCGCCCCUGCCCCCCCGGGUGCCGCCGGGAGCGCGGCCGGAGCUGCCGGGUCCCUCCUCCCCGGGCAGCGCCAGGUAGAGCGCGGGGCGGGGGCCGCUCCGGGCCGGGCGGGAGGAGCCGCGAAGGGCGGCUGGCGGAGCGCAGGCCCGGCUCGCUCCGCUGCCCAGCCGCAGCCCGGCCCGGAUCCCACCCAGCGCCGGUGCCCCCGGCCAUCCGCUCCCGGACCGCGGCGGCGCCCCCCCGGAGCGAGCGGGGCCGGGCUCUCCUCAGCCCGCCAGGGCGGGGCUUGUUCCUCGUCCCUGAUCCUGACGGGAAAGGCCCUUACGUGUUGCCAUGGCCGAGGCGGCCGCGGCGGCCCCGGCGUGCUUCAACGAGGAUGAUUUUUACUGCCCGGUGUGCCAGGAGGUUUUCAAAACGCCCGUGAGGACCGCCAACUGCCAGCACGUGUUUUGCAGGAAGUGCUUCUUGACAGCUAUAAGAGAAAGUGGAACACAUUGUCCUCUCUGCCGGGGGAGCGUGACUAAAAAAGAAAGAACGUAUCCCAAAAGGGCUCUAGAUGUUGAAAACAGUAUGAAGAAAGCUUCUGGGGGCUGUAGAUGCUGUGAGAAGCAGGUUAGAUUUUCAUGGAUGAGACAGCAUUAUAAAACGUGUAAGAAGUAUCAGGAUGAAUAUGGUGUUUCUUCAAUUAUUCCAAACUUACAGAUUUCCCAAGAUGCAACAGGGAACAGCAGGAGUGAUGCAAUAUCUGAUCCUGGUGAGAUGGCUAAUAAUCAAAUACUGCAAGGAGAACCAAGUGGACAUCCAACCUUCAAAUGCCCCCUGUGUCAGGAAGCCAAUUUUACCAGACAGCGCUUGCUGGAUCACUGUAAUAAUAGACAUCUUUAUCAGAUCGUUCCUGUGAUCUGUCCUAUUUGUGUAUCUCUUCCUUGGGCAGAUACUAACCAGGUUACUAGAAAUCUUGUUAGCCAUCUAAAUCUAAGACACCAGUUUGACUACGGCGAGUUUGUGAAUCUUCAGCUUGAUGAAGAAGCCCAAUACCAAAAUGCAGUUCAAGAAUCCUGUCAUGUGAACUUUUAAAGUAGAGCCCCCUACAUCUUCAUACUUGAUUAUCAGAGAGAAAAAUUUGUUCUGUUUUCGAUCUGACAUGUAUAUUAAUAAAAACAUUCAGUAACYGGUUUUUGGGCUAAGCUUCUUUACAUACUCAUAAGGACUUCUGUAAAUGAUUUUGCUGAAACUCAAGCUUGACAGCUUUACUGAGAUGUGCCCCUAUGGAAUUAGGGACAUUUUUGGAACUUCUGUUGUCUUGAUUUUCUGUAACUUUUACUACUCCGUUAAUUACAUGUUCAUAUGAUUAAUGUAAGAUGUUGUAAUUCACCAAAACCAACUUUAAAAGUAUGUUUAGAAAGACAUGCAAGGAUGUUCUGUUGCACUGUUGGGUUUCUUCAAGUUCAGCUGUCAGAAGGUAUCUUAYGUGUUAACUUAUUUUUUUUUCUCUUUCUGCCAAGGGCAGGCAUUUGUCCUGCCAAGAACUAAUUUUAUUUUGAUGUUGGGAUUUGUUUUUUACCAUUGCUAUGUGACUGAAAAUAACGACAGCUCAAAAUACUAAAAUAUUUCUUUUCUGUAGAUGAACAAUGCAGAGCAGGGCUUUUUUCACCUUUCAUUGAGAAAGAAUGAUGCCAUUGCCUAGAAGUAAUUACAUCUAUUUUUUCCYCUUUGAGAGCAUAACUAAAAUAGGAUGCUUGCUUACUAAUGUGAUGAGUGAGGAGUAUUUAUUCUCUGUACUACCAACUCCUAAGGAAGAUUACAUAUUUUCUGAGAAAUUCAAGAUCACAUGUAAAAGCUAGACUUUUUUGUCUUAUGACUGUGACCAGAUUUUGUUGGAGUUUUUAAAGAACUUUGGGUUUUACAUUUGGAAUUGAAGKUUUUUUGUGUCUUGUCGUACAUGAAAGUCUGUGUAGCUAAAUAACUAACUGGCUUCACACCUACCAAAACUUUUAUUUGGUAAAUUAAAACUUGUACAUCUCUUGCAUCCAAAGCCUCAAAAAACAGUUGAGAAGAAAAAAAAUCUUACUUUAAAAUAGUUACCAGCCUAUUUUGAGAGUUCCUGUUUUAGAUUUCCACCUUGCUAGCAAGAGCAUCAUUAAAAUUUGAGAAAGUAGUAAUAAUGCAAUUUUGAUUUUAAAGAAGAUCCAUUUGAAAAACUUCAGGAUCUUUUAUUUAAUAUUAAAAUGGAGAAGGGGAAAGAAGGCUGCACAGCAUAUGUUUUGGAGCUUUAAAUGGUGUUUUCAGCAUACACCUGUUAGGACAGRCUGCAUCCUGCAUUGCCAUCACCCAUUGUCAUGUGGUGGAAAAUAUCCCCAGUAAUUUUCUUAGUCUAGUUGGUGAUUUAUGCGUAGUAAUAUCAGUUGUGCAACCAAAGUACAAUCUGCUUCUUGUGCCCUGCCUCCCUGUUCCUCUCCAAGCAGGUUUUGAUUAUUCUUUAAAUUCUGGGGUAUUUCAUAUUCCAAAACUGUUAAGGUUGAAAUGCCUCAUUUUACAAUGUAACAUGUUUCCGAACUGAAAGUUCUAAUUUAUUGAGUGUUGGAACCACUAUACAUUGUAACUUGACUUUUCUAUCAGAAUUUUUUUGUAAGUGCAAAACGUGACAGAAGGCAUUGCUGGCUAAAAUACAGAGAAAGUUGUCUAUUUCAGAAAUAGUUGUAUAUUUCCAAAGCCUUGUCUGAAGGUUAUAUCCUUUUUAUAACAACAUUUCUUGCAUUUUGUUACCAUCUCACUACAGUAUUUUGACAGCAGACCACACACGGAACUUAUAUUCCAACUUCCCUACUUGCCCCCAUACUCUUGUCUGUGUGUUCUCACUUGUGUGUCAGCUCUACUGCUUGUGUGACCUCAUACUGAUUUGGAGUGGUUUACUGAGCCAAAAGAAAAAAAUUUAGAUUUUUACUUUGCUCUGUAAAGCCAGCUGUGAAGCAGUGCCCUUACACAGAAAGGAACUUCAAGGUAUCUGACGCUGAAGUUUUACCUUUUUAAAAAAAACCACAUACUAUGGUGAUUUACUACUGCAUACAUUUCCUAAGGAGUUUAACAGUUACAUGUAAGUUUAGUUAACUUUUUUAGAUUCAAUAAAAUGUUUCUAUGAUCUGGCAAUAAAAUGCCUAUAGCCAAUACAGAUUCUGAAUGCCUCAUGGACACUGGAACUAGUUCUUUCUAUUACUUGAAUAUAUCUUGAGAAUUUAAAAUGAAAUUACAUCUAUUUUAAAACUCUGGGAAACAAUUUUUUCUAUAGCAAUAAUUAGUUGUCACAAUGCAUAGUUGCUGAGCAUUUUAGUCAUGUUUAAGUGUUAAGAGAAUACACAUUUUAAAGCUAAAAAUGUGUAUUAAUGCAAUACAAAAAAACCCUUUCAAAAUGUUUAUCCUCCUUAUUUAAAAUCUGUAUUGGCAGGUGCUGCCUUGCUUAAGAUUUUGUACUUUUAAUAUGAAGAGAUUGCAUCCAAUACAUUCACUAGGUAAGCGUUUAAUGAAAGUGAAACUAUUUAAAUAUGUUGCUGCUGGUCAUGAUCUUUCUCACUGAAACUCAGACAUGCACAAAAAGCUGUGUAUUUGAUUGGUAAUGCUCAAAACAUGGAAUCUUUACUAGAAGAUUGCUUCUUAACAAUGUUUUCAUGUUCAUGUUGCAUUAUGUAUGGUUUCAAUAUGUUAUGUUUUAAUUGUACCUUCUGGUUUUUCUCUUAUUAAAGUAUUUUAUUUUCUWUUUGUCUUUUCAUUGCAUAAUAAAGAUGAUCAAUUUC